GUCCUGGUUGUGGGAUUUCUUUUUUUUUUUUUCAUUUUUUAGACAGACACCGACACAGCUGUUGAGUAAAAUGCCGCCUCCACAGAAAAUCCCAAGUCUCAGACCUUUCAAGCAGAGGAAGAGCUUAGCAACCAGACAAGAGGAAGUUGCUGGAAUCCGGGCAAAGUUCCCAAACAAGAUCCCGGUGAUAGUGGAGCGCUACCCCAGAGAGAAGUUCCUGCCUCUGCUGGACAAAACCAAGUUCCUGGUCCCACAGGAGCUGACCAUGACCCAGUUCCUCAGCAUCAUCCGGAGCCGCAUGGUGCUGAGGGCCACUGAGGCCUUUUACUUACUGGUGAACAACAAGAGCCUGGUCAGCAUGAGUAUGACCAUGGCGGAGAUCUACAGGGACUACAAGGAUGAGGACGGCUUUGUGUACAUGACCUACGCCUCCCAGGAGAUGUUUGGCUGCUUGGGGUCGGCAGCCCCCCGGGAUGGGGGCCUCCUCGGGGACAGACCUUGCAAUCAUCUCUAGUCCUUGUCAGGAAGAACUUGUCCUCUG